AUGGGAGUUCUGGGCGCCAGGCGCGGCCUGGAAUGGCUGCUGGGCUUCUACUUUCUCUCCCACAUCCCCAUCACCCUGUUCAUAGACCUCCAGGUGGUGCUGCCGCGUGAACUCUACCCGGUCGAGUUGAGAAAUGUGCUGCAGUGGUAUGCUAAGAAGUUCAAAGACCCUCUGCUACAGGAUCCCCCAACGUGGUUUAAGCCCUUCGUCUUAUGCGAGCUUGCAUUUCAGCUGCCUUUCUUUCCCUUUGCAACAUAUGCCUUCUUCAAAGGAGGCUGCAAGUGGAUCCGCACUCCUGCAAUCAUCUACUCAGUCCACACGAUGACCACUUUAAUUCCGAUUCUGUCCGUGCUACUAUUUGAGGAUUUCUCCAAAGCCAGUGGUUUCAAAGGACAAGGACCCAAGACUUUCCACGAACGACUAACCCUCGUAUCUUUCUAUGCCCCCUACUUUCUCAUCCCUCUCAUGCUUCUCCUUUUCAUAUUGCGCAGCCCCCACUACAAGUACGAGGAGAAAAGAAAGAAAAAAUGA